AAAUGAAUCCAUUUGUGGCUGUUGUUCACGCAACUCGAAACAACUCCAGCAAGUCACGGUGAAAGCCUGUUCGUGAAGAGAGUACCGUGCCUGCUCACAUCACCGAAACAGCCUUGUGCCGUACGGUAUGGUACGAGAACUGAUUACAGGAAAGAUUGUCCGCAGUAUUCCAUGCCUCAUUGCUACUGGCAGAAGGCUUCCGUCGAAUUGCUMGUCGUUUUCGCAGCGGUGUCGGUGACGCUCUUCCCCCUGUUCCUCCCAUCGGCUUCGGCGGCAUUUCUUCGGCCGCAAACAGGAGCAUCSGCGGCAUCCGCGUCGACCGAGGGGAAACCGCACCGCAUGCAACUAUUCCGGCAGGCGAUCCACCGCAGCCUUCCUAGAAACGCGUUUUCGUCCUUUGCCGAUCCCCGCCAACACGGUAGGUUAUACUUUGCAAACAGCAACGGCAACAGCAACAACUAUUUCCUUUCCGGCCAAUACAAGGUAGACACCGCAACAAAUAUCAGCGGACGAACCAUGGCCGUUGCCACGAGAAAACGAAAGGCUACGCGUGCGGCAACAGCGACCGCCGCAGCCAGCAGCACACGGAGCGGCACCAAGAUAAAAGCCGAGGUCGAUAACGAACAGGGCACCGAGAGAACAACCAGCAYYACAAACGACCAAAAAAACAGCAACAACAAAUAUAAGUUGCUGAUGAUUCUGUCCCCCGCCAAGACCCUGAACCUGAAAGACGACGUUCCGGAUGGCAUUGGGCUCACGAAACCCCUCGACGGUCUCAAGUCCAGGCGCACAGAGGUGGUUGCCGCCAUGAAGAGCCACGCAUCCUCGGCCUCGAAGCUCGGUGCGCUCCUCAAGACGAGCCAAAAAAUCACCUCUGCGGCACAAGGGUAUUGGCAGCAAAUKUCGGGGGACGCUUCCGGCGGGACCACCACAAAACCGAGCAUUUUUCUCUUCAACGGCGCGGCGUACAGCGGCCUGGACAUUGGCACCAUGGCCACCAAAGCGAAUCUCGAAUAUUUGCAGGGUCACCUCCGGAUAGUCGAUCCUCUCUAUGGCUGGCUCCGCCCCAUGGACGAGGUCGAGGCCUACCGUCUCGAAAUGGCCACCAAGGGUGUCUUUGCCAAAAGCAAAACCAAAGGCAUCGAUCCAAAGGUCAAGCUGGAAGACUAUUGGAAGGCACCCAUUCGGUCCUGCAUCGAGGAGGAAGAGCGAGGCCAGGCCGAUGCAAACGCAACAACGAAUCCCGCCGUGAUCAUUGUCAACCUAGCCAGCGAYGAGUACUCGGCGGCCGUCGAUGUCCCAGCGGGUCGCAUCGUYAAGGUAGUCUUCAAGCACGGGGGCCGGACGAUUGCCGUCCAUGCCAAGCGGGCCCGGGGGCUGAUGGUCCGGUUCAUGGCCAUGAACGCYGUAGAGUCCCUCGACGAGCUCCUUGGUUUUGAUCUGGAGGGAUACACCUUCCGUCCGGGCGAAUCGACCUACAAWAAGGGGGACCACGAGAAUUUCUCGAAUUUGGCGGCGCUGGGGUCCCGGCAACCGAAGCAAGAGAAAGAAGAAUCUGCUUCUCUUGCGAAGAAACAAAAAACGAAAAAGGCGAGAGAACAACCGUUGACAUUGGUCUUUGAUCGUCCCGGGACGUGGAAGAGAUCGUAAAAAGUACUGUAGAAGUUUAAUAUAGAGAACCUGUCGAG